GAGUAAUCGAUAGUUUUAAAAGAAAAACAUUGCGCAGCAAAAUAUUUACUAAAAAUAUUCACCUAGUGGGGCUUCUGUGCCAAACAAUUCGACUGCCUGAUAAAUUGUCCAUGCAGCGGAAAGCCACUUUAAAAUCCAUGGGUAAACAAGCGUGCGGCCGCUAUCAACAAUACGCACGACCGUUCAUAAUAGUGUCUACCGCUUUUGAUUUUUACAUGGAACUGGAUAUAGAGCUAGAGCGAACACUUUACUAGACAAAAAAAAAAAAAAACAAAGUAAUUACAGACAACUCAAUGUCGGAAAUGUCCGAGCCGGAGGAUUCUUUCGGUUACCAAAGCCGUGAGCUCGAUGAAUUCCGUGUGAACUGGCAACGCGAGCUUCAUGGCCAUGGACAAACCGAAUCCUCGCAGGCUAACGAACAGCCACCCGGCAUUCGUGACAUUGAGGCACAAGCCAGGGCUGAGACGCUCUAUCGCACAGCCGUGGAGUUGGAACAGCGAGGCAAAGUGUACGAUGCUCUAGCCUACUACCGCAAAGCCACCCAAAUGGUACCUGAUAUUGAGUUUAAGUUUUACGAGCAGCAAAAAUUGAUGGUUGAUGCCAACAAAAAAUAUCAUAACCUACCCGGGGAUUUUGCUAAGCAACUAGAUUUGGCCGAUGCAGAGGCUAAAGAUGUGGAGCCGAUUGAUGGCUUGUACGAGAAGUUCCUGCGUGACCUUUGCUGUGAAGAAAUCUACGGAGGCAAAAUCGUCCUAAACAGCCGUGAUUCAAGUGUUUUAACAACGGGCAAUAGAAUGCACAUUUCCGAUCUGCCGCCUGAGAUCAUAAUGAAUAUUUUACGUUGGGUGGUGUCCUCGCAGCUGGAUAUGCGUUCCUUGGAACAGUUUUCGGCUGUAUGCAAAGGUUUCUAUGUGUAUGGAAGAGACGAGGAGCUUUGGCGUUUGGCCUGCGUCAAAGUGUGGGGCCACAAUGUGGGCACCUUGGAUGCCAAGGACGGUGGAGCAUGCUACGAGUCCUGGCGGGAUAUGUUUAUAAGGCGUGAGCGUGUCCUAUUCAAUGGUUGCUACAUUAGCAAAACCACCUACUUGCGCAUGGGCGAGAACAGCUUUCAGGAUCAGUUCUACAGGCCGUUGCAGCUAGUCGAAUACUAUCGCUAUAUCCGUUUUCUGCCCGAUGGAAAGGUGCUCAUGAUGACAAGUGCGGAUGAGCCAGCGCAGGGUGUAAACAAGCUAAAGCAGCUCUAUCAUGUACGCCCCGAUGUGCUGCGCGGCCGCUAUCGGCUCUUUGGCAGCACCGUGACGCUGAUACUGCAGAAGACACAACAGCUCGGCAGGACCACGACUCAGCGGCAUCGUCGUAGUAGUGUGAUGCCCGGGGACGACGACGGCUCUAACACGCAAUAUGUAAUUGAGCUGCGCAUCAUGAACUCGCCCAAGCGACGGUUUGCCCAACUGGUCUGGUCCAACUAUACCUUGGUGCAGCAAAGGAACAAGGUGGAGCAAAGCUCUGAAUUCGACUUAACAGCCGCCAAGUAUCCACCGUUAUGGUUCUCCGCCGUGAAGAGCUAUCAUCUGGAUGCCGAUGCGCCGCUUUCAUAACUUUGAUUUUGUGUAAAUAAAACAAAUUGCAUAGCGUUUCUCUAAUUAAAAGUUUUUAGUGUGAGUGGAAAUAACGAGUCGUUAGCAACUAUGCGAUUAUUCGGCAUUUGCUCUCUAAAAGCGUACAACGUUCUUAACAACUAGAGCAUAAAAUCAUCCUAGGAUAAGUGAAAAAGCUUAGCUUUUCAUUCUCUAAGCUAAUGCAAUUAGCAAUUGAAAUAAAUUGAUCUUUUCUUCAA